AAUUGUACAUUCAAAGAGAUAGAUAACAGACUAAAAAGUUAACUUGAUGAAUGGAAUAUCACCAGAAACUAAUUCAGAUUUCAGCUUGAGCCCUAGACAGGCCUAUGAAAGCAAAAACCGGGAAGCAUCAAUUCAUGCACACAUAAAUCGAUCUAACAAACACGAUGAGAAACACAUGAGCACUAAGUUCUCCCUAAAGAGCUGCGUAUUUGGAGGCUUAGAUGGAAUCGUUACAACAUUUAGCACAAUAUCCAGUUUAUCAGGAGCAGGCACACAUAUAUCGACUAUCAUUAUUUUAGGUUUUGCCAAUUUAGUGGCAGACGGCCUGGCGAUGGGCAUUGGAGAUUACAUUUCAGAAAAAAGUGAACAUGAUUUUUUAUCUAAACAAUAUAGAUCUAAACUCUGGCGUUAUAUGAACUGUUUAGAUCUAGAAAAGAAAGACAUGACAGACUUUUACAUAAAAAAAGGAAUGAGCCUUGAAAAUGCUGAAAGGGUAGUGGACAUCUUGUCAAAGAGAAAAGAACAUUUUAUUGACUUAGUUAUGGUAGAGAAAUUAGGCUUGAUGCCACCAGAUCAGAACGAGAAUCCUCUUUUAAUGGGCCUUGCUACAUUUUUAUCAUUUUUAAUUUUUGGGAUGGUUCCUCUCAUGCCCUACGUUAUUAGUGCAUCCCUAAAAAUCAAAGUUGAAAAGCGUUUUUUUGAUAAUGAAUUUAUUGCAUCUAUACCAUUGACGUUAAUGACCCUGUUUGUUUUAGGGGCUAUUUCCUCAAAAUAUACAACAAAACAAUGGAUCAGAACGGGUAUAUGGUUUGUCUUGUUGGGUGGAUUAGCAUCAGCUCUUUCAUUUGUCCUCGCAUAUUUGUUGGUCAUCUUUAUUCCAAGCUUUAGGCCGUCGAGUCUGUAAGUUGGCAUUAUUGCCAAUGCCUAGGCACAACCAAUCUAAUUUAAAAAUUAGAAUCAGUAUUGGAAACGUAGUACCUUUGAAUUGACCUUGAGUAAAAAGAAUCCCACUCUACAACACUUUCUUGAUGAAUUGAUCACUGCAAGAAUGUAGGAUUUUGCAGCACUUUUUAAACAAGGAUUUAAAGCACCCCCUCGUUUCCGUGUUUAUUCCCUUUUGGUUUAAUUGCAUCUCUAAUUGCUGCUUGAUGCCUUAAACCUAUACAUCAAAA